AUGUCUGAUCUUAACCCCCUCAAUGGAGGCAACUUCGUCCAUGAUAACAAACGCGUGGUCGAUGGAGGCUCCAUUCUGAAGCGUUUCUCUCUUCAGGGCAAGACUGCCAUCAUUACCGGUGCCGCCGCUGGUAUCGGCCUUUCUAUCGCCGAGGCUUACGCUGAAGUCGGUGCCAACAUUGCAAUCUGGUACCGUACCAGCAGCAAAGCUGAAGAGCGUGCUGAAGAAAUCUCCAAGAAAUACAACGUCUCAGUCAAGGCCUAUCAGGUUGAUAUGAGAGAUGCCGAAGCUGUUGAGAAGGCUAUCGACCAGUCAGUCAAGGACCUUAACGGUCGGUUGGAUAUCUUCGUGGCCAAUGCCGGUAUUCCUUGGACGAAAGGUCCCAUGGUCGAUGGCCCUCUUGAUCACUACCGUGAUGUUGUCCAGACCAACCUGGACGGCACUUAUUACUGUGCCAAAGUUGCAGCUAAACACUGGCGUCGCCAGAAGGUCGAGGGGACUGAUAUUAACGGCCAACCUUUGACAAAUUACACAUCUGGUAGUUUCAUUGCCACGGCGUCCAUGAGUGGAAGCAUCGUAAACACUCCCCAACUCCAGGCUGCUUAUAAUGCCGCCAAGGCUGGUGUCAUUCACCUCAUCAAGAGUCUGGCUGUUGAGUGGGCUCGAUAUGCUCGUGCCAACGCCAUCUCUCCCGGUUAUAUCAUUACUGAGAUCUCCAACUUUGUGCCGCAAGAGACCAAAGACAUUUGGAAAGACAAGAUUCCUCUUGGCCGUGAGGGCGAGCCUCAUGAGCUCCAGGGUGCUUAUCUGUUCCUAGCAUCAGACGCUUCCACAUACGCCACUGGUGCCAACUUUGUUAUCGAUGGGGGCUACAGUGCUCCAUAGUUCUGAUAUUGGAGAAAUAGGGACCUGUCAUUUGCACAUAAAGGACGACGAGUCACUCAGGCAGUAUAUGAAUCUUAG